AUGCACUAAAAAGUUCUAUUAAUAAUCGAAUAAUGCACGAAUGGUGGAUUUGGAGAGGAGAAAUGUUAUGAUAAAGAACAAUAUAUUAUGAAGUUACAUUUUAUGUUUGAGAUUAAUUCCAUUAAAUAAAGGAGUUAAAGGAGACACAAGGAUUCAUAUUCUAUGUAAGGGUAUCAAUCAAAAAAAGUGCUCAUGUUCAAAAAGAUGGAAAGAUUUAUUAUAAAUACCAGAAGAAUCUUUAGAUUUUAAAACAGAAAUUAAUAAAAUAAGAAUUUUAAGGUAUAUAUGAAAUUAGCUUGGAUUUUAAUGUCUAUUAUAAAUUACAUCCUAUAAUUAUUUGCCAAAAAUAAUAGAUAUCACUUGUUUGUUUCUAUUAGUUAAUAUUUAUGGUAUAGCAAUACAAGAAUUAAAUUAAUUCUCUUUUCUAAGCAGAUUAUCUAUUAAGUUCGUUUUUAUAAUAAUAAUUAAAUUCUACGAAAACUGAUUUGAAAAACUAGAGAAUUAAGAGAUAUUUUAUGAAAUAUCAAAUUAACAUUGAGUAUCUUCAAAAUGAAAAAAAAUAAUAAAAUAAUAUUUAAUGGUAAAAUUCAAGAUUAUUCUUUGCAAUAAAAGACAAUUUUCUAAAAAAUAUUCCCCAAAAAAUUUCCAUUAUUGUUUAAAAAGCUAAGUAAUUCAAAGUAUUUUAAUUAGUUUGGUUUGCCAUAAGGCCAUUUAGAGAAAGCUAUUUAAUAAUCAAAAGAGUAAAUAGUGUUAAUCAAAUCAUUAAAUGUUAGAUGGUUUCACUUCUUAUUUUAGGGUAUAAGAGAAAUAAUAGUUCGAGUUCCAUAGAGAAUAGAAAGAGUAAAUUAUUAAGUCACCAUCAUAUUUUUUCUAUUUUAUAUCUCCAAACAAGCCAUACUGUUUCAUGUUGAAUUAUAAAAUAAAUUAGAAGCAGUUCCCAAAAUUAAAAUGGUAAAAAAUAACAAAAACUAUAGUUUUGGGUCAUUUACUGAAGAUAGGUUAUUCAGACCUUAAGGAUAUGCAUUUUAAUUUGAAAUUAUUUAGAGUGAAUCUAAUAAUAAAUUUGAUUUAUAUUUUUUCACCUAACAAUUAAUAAAGGUUUCUGUUAGAAUAAAACUUAUUCUAUUUUACUUUUGA